AAAGACUAAAAUUAAAACAAACAUGGUUGACUUCUACUAUCUGCCCGGCUCCUCGCCCUGCCGCUCCGUCAUCAUGGCCGCUAAGGCUGUUGGCGUUGAGCUGAACAAGAAGCUGCUGAAUCUGCAGGCCGGCGAGCAUCUGACGCCCGAAUUCCUGAAGAUCAAUCCCCAGCACACGAUCCCCACUCUAGUGGACAAUGGCUUCGCGCUGUGGGAGUCGCGCGCCAUUCUGGUCUACCUGGUGGAGAAGUACGGCAAGACCGACUCGCUCUAUCCCAAGUGCCCCAAGAAGCGCGCCCUGAUCAACCAGAGGUUGUACUUCGACAUGGGCACCCUGUACCAGAGCUUUGCCAACUACUACUAUCCACAGGUGUUCGCCAAGGCGCCCGCCGAUCCCGAGGCUUUCAAGAAGAUCGAGGCUGCCUUCGAAUUCCUGAACACCUUCCUGGAGGGUCAGACCUACGUCGCUGGCGACUCGCUCACCGUCGCCGACAUUGCCAUCUUGUCCACAGUGUCCAGCUUCGAAGUGGCCAAAUUCGACAUCAGCAAGUACGCUAACGUCAACAAGUGGUACGAGAACGCCAAGAAGGUGACUCCCGGCUGGGAUGAGAACUGGGCCGGUUGCUUGGAAUUCAAGAAAUACUUCGAUUAAGCUCCAUUCCUCGUCGAAUAUUAUUAUACUUAUAAUUUAUUCAUAUGCAUAAUUAACUCACAAAACGAUUUGAGAUCGUCAAAUGUAGCGUGCUAAUUUGCAUCAAGCGAGUCUUUGAUGUGAACGUUUAUUUUAUUCUUCAAAUAAAAGAGUAUUCAUUUUUAUUGAGUACAAUUUAAGAGA